AUGCCUCCCAUUCCUGGCUCGCCCAUUGACGGCCCUGACGGCAUUACUGACAACAUCUCGCCUAUCUUGUCACGCGGUCCGCCACCCACAACCAGUGCUGACAACAACUUGGCUUCUCCCUCGUCACCCAGCGACGACGUGAUCCCAGAAGAGCACAAGCGAGUGCCUGGCCUGAUCCCGCGUUCGCCCCUGUCUCCUCUUCGAGGAUUCAUGUCGAGGCGCGGCAGGAAGCCCGCCCCGCAUCCCAUCGUGACCCAGCCAUAUCUGGCCAGCCAAGGUGGCAAGGCGGCCGUGACACCCGGCAUGGUGAGCGUGGGCAUCCAAAGCCCAGCCGCUGCUCUGGCGCAGGCAAAGCCCAAGCGCAGGACCGCCUGGGGAAUCAUUGACGGAUGGUGGGACCUGGGGCUGCUUGAGAGAAUGAAUACAGUCAAGAGACGGAAGUGA